UAGUUGAAGGCUGUUACGGCCGGAGACGGCCCUAUAUUAUAAGACCGCUAUUGACGGGCACUUCCUGGUGAUGGGUCUGCGGCCCUAAGUAAAGAAGUCUGUUCCUGCCGUUUGGACCAUGAACCCCAGGCCAUGUUCUCUAGUGUCCCAACCCUGAUCUUCCCCCGAGAAGGCUUCCCUGUGAGCCUCUCCUGCUCCAUUCUCUAACCAUGUCGACCCAAGGGUAUACGGACUGCGUCCCUGGGACGUUCUAUGGGCUCGAGAAUAAGGAGGUCAACCCGGGUGACAUCCUUCAGCUCCGAUGGGGCGCGAUCGACAAUGGAGAUACUCCACUCAACAUCUCUCUGGGCCGCGCCGGAGGCACUCUCAUCGAUGAAAUCACGGUGGGUGCGAAGUUCACCACAACCAGCUCUCUGUACCAACUCGUCGUCAACGAGACCGCCAACUGCACCUUGGAACAAUACACCUGGGCCAUCCCCAGCGAUUUCAACACUACCAAUCCCCAAUACCAGAUCGGACUAUUCAACGCCACCGCCAAGUUAGGUACCUACGGAAUCGACCUAUACGGCUGGAUCAGCUGGAGUGAUUACUUCUACGUGCGCGAAAAGGGCGCCGCGACGACGACCACGGCAUCCACCACUGCGACCUCGACUGGCUCAGCGCAGUCCACCGGUGCCGCAACCUCUGGCUCGUCCUCGACCACUUCUUCGCCCGCUUCCUCCCACAGCUCCAGCUCCAGCUCCAGUAGCGUCGGCAUCGGCGUCGGCGUCGGCGUGGGUGUCGGUGCCGCCGCCGUGAUCGGGGCCCUCGCAUUCUUCUUCCUCCGUCGGCGAAAGAAGAGGCAGAGGGCGACCCCAAUCCCCACGCAGGAGACGAGUGAAGUGGCGGGAUCGCCACUGUACGAAUUACCUGCCCCGGCGAAGAAGCAGCCGGUUCCAGAGGGGACGCAGAUGUACGAGCUUCAAGGAUGAUGUGGGGUUUACGAUCAAGAAGAGAGGAACUCUGAACGGGUCCUUUUGCUCGCUAUCAAUCUACUUGAAGGGAAGAGGCCGGCCUUUGAAGUACAUCGAAACGGGAUUGCGAGUCCCCACUGUUCUGGAAGCCCCCCGACCUUGACUCGCAACCCCCACGUCCACCACUAUGGACACUGCACCACCACGAUUCUAGCCUUGCGAAUCAGCUCUCCCCUUCUGACCCGUU